AUGUCCGACAUCGCUGGCAUCGAAUACAACCGCGUCACAAACACCACCGCCACGGAUUUCCCCGGGCACUCGGGCGACGACCAUGCGUGGGACCUCGAGAAGUUCAAGCACAGCUUCGACAUCCGCAUCUCGCAUGCCGCAGAACGGUCGGCCAACUUCGACAUGCUCAAUGUGGACACCUCGAUCGCCAAUGCGUUCCGCAGAAUCAUGCUUGCCGAGGUGCCGUCCGUAGCCGCCGAGACCGUCUACGUGUUCAACAACACGUCGGUGAUCCAGGACGAGGUGCUCGCACACCGAAUCGGACUUAUUCCGUUGAACGUGGACCCGGAAAUGUUGGAGCACAUCGACCCCGGCGUCGACGAGAAGGAGCGGUUCAACGACACCAACACCAUUGUGUUGUCGCUCGACGUCAGCUGCUCGAGAAACCCGCACGCGCCGGAGGGCGCCACGGACCCCAAGGUGCUCUACCGAAACUCCAGUGUGUACGCGCGGGACCUCAAGUUCGAGCCGCAGGGCCGCCAGGCAGACCUCUUCAGGGACAAGCCCGUGGCGCCGUGCGACCCCGACAUCUUGCUUGCCAAGUUGAGGCCCGGCCAGGAGAUCUCCUUGCGAGUGCACUGCAUCUUGGGCUACGGCUUUGACCACGCCAAGUUCUCGCCCGUGUCCACGGCCUCGUACAGAUUGAUGCCCGUGAUCGACAUCCAGGAGCCCAUCGUCGGCGCUCAGGCACAGAGGUUCCAGCAGUGCUUCCCCUCGGGCGUGGUGGGCAUCGACGAAAACGGCGCGGCCUACGUUGCGGACGCCAGGAAGGACACCGUGCUGAGAGAAGUCUUGAGACACGAGGAGUUCAACGGCAAGGUCAAGCUCGGCAGGAGGAAGAACCACUUCAUUUUCAACGUCGAGUCCACGGGCGCCAUGGCCCCCACGGAGAUCUUCCUCAAGUCUGUGAGCGUGUUGAAGCAGAAGGCCGAGUACUUGAGAAACUGUCCCAUCAACCAGUAG